UGGGUUCAGAUAUUGCAACUGGAAUGCUCAGAUUACUCCGAAGAUAACGUCAAACCUUCAAGCCAUAAAUUUCUUUGCAUCUUUUUUAUUUCAUUUUAUUUUCCGGCAUUGGUUCUUUUGUCUUUGGUUCUGUUCUCCGAGAAUAUGUUGUUUGCAUUUGAACCGUGUGAUACUUGUUUGUAACAGAAACAGCACAAGGCAAUAGUAGCAUGGAUAUUCACUCCGUUUUCCGCUCUAUGCAAAUUUCAUUGUCAUACAAUCACGGUAACCCUCUUCUACGCAUCCCUCGUGCAAUUGUUACCCAAUGUAGUAAAAAAUCCAACUUUCUUAAGUUCCCCAAUCGCUGGGUUCGAAACAAGGGUGUUAAAGAAGUGGGUUCAGAAUUUGAUAACAAAAGCAAAAGCAAAACAAUGCUUUUUAAGAGUCCUGAUAUUGGGGAAAAUGAAGAACUCUCCAGUAAUUUGUGCAGCCAAUUUAUCUGUGAAUGUUGCAAAGAAGGAGACUUGGACAGAGCUAUGUCUCUUCUAUCUCAAAUGGAAGCUAAGGGGUUUCACCUCAGUUCCACUGCUUAUGCUUGUCUUAUUGAAGCCCUUGGAAAUGUUGGAAGGACUUCAGAGGCUGAUAUGUUGUUCAAGGAAAUGAUUUGUGAUGGCUAUAAACCCAAACUGAAUUUUUACAACAGUUUGCUUAGAGGGUUUUUGAAGAAAGGUCUGUUAGGACUUGCAAAUGGGGUCUUGAAGGAAAUGGAUUACUCAGGCAUAUGGAGGAGUAAAGAGACAUAUCAGAUCUUUCUGGAUUACUAUGUUGGUGCUGGAAGGUUGGAAGAUACUUGGUCAACAAUCAAUGUGAUGAAGCAAAAGGGGUUUCCACUUAACUCAUUUGUGUAUAGCAAGGUUGUUGGGAUUUAUAGGGACAAUGGGAUGUGGAAGAAAGCAAUAGAGGUUUUGGAAGAGAUUAGGGAGAGGGGGAUUUCUUUAGACAUUCAUAUUUGUAACAGUAUUAUUGAUACCUUUGGCAAAUAUGGCGAAUUAGACGAGGCGUUGAAAUUGUUUAAGAAAAUGCAAAAAGAAGGUGUGAGGCCAAACAUAGUGACAUGGAAUUCACUCAUUAAGUGGCACUGCAAAGAAGGUGAUUUCAUGAAAUCCUUUCAUUUGUUUACUGAUAUGCAAGAGCAAGGAUUAUAUCCAGACCCUAAGAUCUUUGUCACCAUCAUUAGCUGCAUGGGGGAGCAGGGAAAGUGGGGCAUAAUAAAGAAAUAUUUUGAAAGCAUGAAAAUCAGGGGAAACAAAGAAUAUGGGGCUGUUUAUGCUGUUUUGGUUGAUAUAUAUGGACAAUAUGGGAAAUUUCAGAAUGCCAGGGAGUGUGUACAAGCACUAAAGUCCGAAGGUGUGCUAGUUUCACCGAGCAUUUUUUGUGUGUUAGCAAAUGCUUAUGCUCAGCAGGGCUUGUGUGAGCAGGUCAUUAUGGUGCUGCAGAUUAUGGAAGCAGAGGGAAUUGAACCAAACAUUGUCAUGCUCAAUAUGUUAAUCAAUGCAUUUGGUAAUGCUGGAAGAUAUAUGGAAGCAAUGUCUGUUUAUCAUCAUAUAAAAGAAAGUGGUGUUAGCCCUGAUGUGGUCACCUACACUACACUUAUGAAGGCAUUUAUAAGGGCCAAAAAGUUCGAUGAGGUUCCCAUUAUUUACAAGGAAAUGGAGAAUGAUGGAUGCACUCCUGAUAGAAAAGCUAGACAGAUGUUACAAGUUGCUUUAAUGGUGCUUGAACGAAUGAACUCAUUACAAAUAUAUUAACGGGGACUGUGGUAGCUGAUCACUGGUUAUCGAUCAUCUAAAAAUUGAUCAACUAUUGAUAAACCCAUGGUGAGCUUUAUACUGUUUAUAUUAUUGGAUUUGAUGAUAUAUACUGGUUUGCUGGAGAGCAGUUUGAAGAAAGGAAAUUGAGGUUUUCUACAAUGUCCUCCCUUUCCAAUGAAAAUAAGGAUCCUUGUGUCUGCAGUUUUGGAAGGGCAGCAGUUCAUGUUGAUGUCAUCUCUAGAAGCUUAAGGAGGUGAAUCUCCAUCAUGGGUGUGGCAGUCUCCUUAAAGGGUGAAAGCUGCUUAAAUGAAACAAGGAUUGAGAAGGAUGUUUUGGGGGUUUGUAAAUAGGUGCUUAUUCUAUCCAUUUAUGAUUCUAAGAUGGUUUUUCAGCUCAUUGAUCAUGAUGAAUUGAUAAUAAAGAGUAGAAUGUUAUUGGCUGCAAAAGAUGCAAUGAUGUGCCAACUUUCGAUUGAAUAUGGGAUACUCAGACAAAUUGGUUUGACAAUUUCAAGAGCAAGAAAGUCAAGUUAGCUCAGGAUACCCCCAGAGAUAUUGAUCGUCGUAUUCAUCAAGGAAUCCGUUUUUGCUUUGCUAUCCAAGGAAUCUGUUGGCCCUAUAAAUGUGUGUAAGUAAAAAUUAGGAACGUUAAAAAAAUUCAGGAAUUUGCCCUUUUUUUAUCAGGGUGUUUCUCAGCAGAAAGCUAAGGACUAGAGUGAGUCAGGGAUCGAACAUGAUUACGUGUUUAAGAAAUAAAAUUAUCUAUCAAUCAUAUUAUAUUUUGUUGGUAAGAAUAUGUCUUUUAAUUGUAUAUAGUUAGGAUUAGGAUCCCUAAUAUACCAGGAUAGAAAAUAGGAAUCAGAAUAAUUCUGUAAUUCUUAGUUGUAAAUGGGAAAUCUUUCCAUAAAGAAUUUUGUACUAUUUUAUCGAGAUGAA